CAGGACGCAUAGUAUAGAGGCUGCCAGCACUAAAGAUGGCCGAGAGAAAUCCCAGGCAUUGCUACUGCGUCACUUCUCUGUAAGGCCCAACGUGACCAGAUGUGGGAUUUGGCGCCAGACAAUUGAGGGUUAGCUUUGGCGCGCUCAGAGUGGUGCUGUAUAGACAGCUGUCAGCUUCGUUCUUUUCUCUCCGAUACCCAAGCGGCAUGGCACUACCCAAACUCAGCGAGGGCUCCAUUGCGGGUAUUCUGCAAGGGGAGACUUCAUUACAUCCUAUUUUGCAAGUUAUUAACAUUCGUCCGAUCAACACUGCUACAGGUCCUCCACGAUUCAGAUUGCUGAUGAGCGAUGGGUUAAACACACUUUCAUCUUUCAUGUUGGCUACCCAGUUGAACUCUCUUGUGGAUAACAAUCUCCUGGCAGCGAACUGUAUCUGUAAGGUCUCCCGAUACAUUGUGAACAACCUUAAAGAUGGAAGACGCGUGGUCAUAGUAAUGGAGAUGGAAGUACUGAAGGAAGCAAAUUCGGUUAAUGGGAAGAUUGGGAAUCCUCAACCUUACAAUGAUGGUCAGACAGCAACAACUCCAGCAGCUCCAGCUUCUGUUCCUGCUCCUGCUCCUGUACCUGUACAGAGUAAACCAGUUCAGAACUCAGCUCCCCCUCCUUUUAUGAACAGAGGAGUAUCUAAACCGUUUGGCGGGGGAGGUAAUUUUAGUACCCCUGGUGGAUCACAAGCAAAGGUGGUGCCAAUUGCCAGUCUAAACCCAUACCAGUCAAAGUGGACUAUACGUGCUCGAGUUACCAACAAAGGUCAGAUUCGCACUUGGAGCAACUCUCGAGGGGAGGGGAAGCUGUUUUCUAUUGAGAUGGUGGAUGAGAGUGGCGAGAUCCGUGCUACUGCUUUCAACGAGCAAGCCGACAAGUUUUUUUCAAUUCUUGAAGUGAAUAAGGUAUAUUACUUCUCAAAAGGAACUUUAAAGAUUGCUAACAAACAGUAUACAGCUGUAAAGAAUGACUAUGAAAUGACGUUCAAUAGCGAAACUUCUGUUAUUCCGUGUGAUGACUCCUCUGAUGUCCCAACGGUGCAGUUUGAAUUUGUUCCCAUUUCUGAGUUGGAAAACAAAAACAAGGACACACUACUAGACAUUAUUGGGGUUUGUAAGAGUUUUGACGAGGUUACCAAGGUGACUAUAAAAUCCAACAACCGCGAAGUCUCAAGGCGAAAUAUUUAUUUAAUGGACACGUCGGGCAAGAUGGUCUCAACCACUUUGUGGGGUGAAGAUGCAGAAAAAUUUGAUGGCUCCAGACUACCUGUUGUUGCAAUCAAAGGAGCACGGCUGUCUGACUUUGGAGGGCGGUCUUUGUCAGUCUUGUCAUCUAGUACUGUCAUGAUCAAUCCAGAUAUUCCUGAGGCGUUCAAGCUCAGAGGAUGGUUUGAUUCAGAGGGCCAGUCAUUAGAAGGCACAUCGAUCUCAGAGUCUCGCAGUAGUGGAGGAGGAGGAAAUACCAACUGGAAGUCCCUGCUGGAAGUGAAGAAUGAGAAUCUGGGACAUGGUGAUAAAGCUGAUUAUUUUUCUAGUGUUGCCACCAUUGUGUAUCUUCGGAAGGAGAAUUGCAUGUAUCAGGCGUGCCCUUCACAGGAUUGCAAUAAGAAAGUCAUAGACCAGCAGAAUGGCCUCUUUCGCUGUGAAAAGUGUGACAAGGAGUUUCCUAACUUUAAGUAUCGCCUCAUUCUGUCAGCAAACAUUGCAGACUUUGGGGAGAAUCAGUGGAUUACAUGCUUCCAGGAAGCAGCUGAAUCAAUUCUUGGCCAGAAUGCCAUGUACUUGGGAGAACUCAAGGAAAAGAAUGAACAAGCUUUUGAGGAGGUGUUUCAGAAUGCCAAUUUCCGUUCCUACACCUUUAGAGUUCGGGUGAAGUUGGAAACCUACAAUGAUGAAUCUCGUAUCAAAGCCACAGCUAUGGAUGUAAAACCAGUUGAUCACAAAGAAUACUCAAGGCGCCUUAUACUGAACAUUCGGAAACUGGCUGCUCAGGGAGUCUGACGUACCACCUUUGGAAACCUGUCAUAUCAAGAAGAGACAUUAUUCCUUAAUGGGUUAAGCUCUUUGCAAAUUGGUGUGGUUUAUUUCCUGAUGGCUGUGGCUGUUUUUAGAAGACCAUUGCAGGUUUUGCUUGUUUUCCAGGCUAAUACUACUGCAGAUAUGAGGUAGCCAAGCACUUAGAUGACCUUGGUACCUUCCCCUACAUCUACUGUACAUAUGUUUAUCUGAUUAGAACUGAAAUGUGCCCAACUAAGCUUUCCUUCUCUUCUGCUAAUUCAUCCGAAAGCUUAAUUACAUUAAAACAGGACUUAAUUAGCAUUCUCAGAAGUAAUUGGUUGCUGCUGAGAAGUCAGAUACCCACCCACAUCCAUGUUCUAACAUUGUGAAUAGUUCCAUAAGCCGGUGGCUAAUCGGGGGGCUUCCUCUCCCCGUGUGAAGACCAGGAGCUUAUUGCCGUCAGUGCGCGCCUCUGUUUGCAGUGAGGAGAUGUGCCAUACAGUUUGCAAAUGCUUGGAAUGACAAUAUGGAGGAAUUAUUAAUCAAAGACCUAUCUUUUCUAUCUGAAGACUUUCCUUCGGGGUUUAAUAGACUGAGUCAGAUGGUCCUGAUAUUAAUCAAAAUUGUCUCUUCUGAGAAGCUCUGAUAAGCAUUGACUCUCUGGCCCCUGGGGAAAUCUGGCCAACUACAAAGCUUUGCUUUAUUUUUCAUUUAAAUUAAUAUUGUGCUUUCUUACUCUCCUUUUUUUUUUUUUUUUCUGACAGUGUGUAAUUGCAGAAGUUUGCUGUUUGUACAUUCCCAGCAUUUCUCAAUGUUUUCAGUUGCUUUGUGUAUUUUACUCUCCCCUACCCCCCUUUUUCUGUAAUGGAAUUAAUCAGCACUGUUGUAUAGGAGAAAAAUGUUCCUUAUUUCUGGAGCUCAAUAAAGUUUAGUUUUUUUUUUU